GUCUUUCGCCCUUUGGCAUUUCGAGCUCGACCCCUUGCCACUGCUGUCACAAUGUCCACAGUUAAUUCACCCAAUCCGGACAAGAAAUACCGCAAACUUGUGCUCUGCUUUGACGGAACUGGAAACACCUUCGAAGGAAACACCUCAGACACGAAUGUUGUUAAAAUCUAUGAGAAGUUGAAACGAGAUGAUGACUACCAGUAUCACUACUACCAGCCCGGUAUUGGUACUUACGACAUCAGCGGAGGCUCACUUAACAAGAAUAUGUUGGGCAAUGUCGUAAGCGGGAUCUCGAAGUCGAUUGACUCAGGUCUUGCAACAUCCUUCGAUGUCCAUGUCAUGUCUGGAUACAGAUUUCUCAUGAAUCAUUACGAACCCGGAGCCAAAAUCUACAUGUUUGGUUUUUCACGAGGCGCCUUCACCGCCCGCUUUCUGUGUCGGAUGAUCAAUACGGUUGGCCUUCUGUCGAAGGGUAAUGACGAGAUGAUCCCAUUCGCCUAUUCUCUUUAUCAACAAUGGGAGCAGGCGAGAGAUGAUCUGGAGUUCCACCAAAAAGGAUCUCGGGCCCCAAAUCCGGAUGAGUCGAGCCCUCUGCUAAACCAGGAACCAAAAAAGGCGAAAGAGCUGAAGGAGUAUUACAAGAUGUACAACUUCACAAGGACGUUCUGUCGUCGCGACAAGAUUGACAACCCCGCCCCUGGGGAAGAUGCCCACCCCGCUGUCAAGAUAUACUUUCUUGGAAUCUUUGACUGCGUAAGCAGUGUUGCUGUGCUCGAGACACCAUUUGGAAGAACCCCAAAGCCGGUUUCUGUCGUCGGUACUGCUGAGCAUGUACGACAUGCUGUCGCCGUUGACGAGUUUCGCGUGAAGUUCAAACCUGCUCUACUGGCCCAGGAUCUGACCCAUGAGAAAUAUGACUCGAAUGAAGACAUCAAGGAAGUCUGGUUUCCAGGCAACCAUGGUGACGUUGGCGGAGGCUGGCCAGCACACGGUGCAGAGAAGGAAGAAACGGGCUUCCUCGCUCGUGCAAAACUCUUCUUACUUGGAGACAAGGACAAGAUUGCCGUAAAGGAUGUUGGAUUUGGCCCAUAUCAAAUGAGCGAUAUACCUCUGAGCUGGAUGCUCCGCGAGGUUGAAUUGAUUGGUGCCAAGGAGGACGCCUAUGCGCUCAAAUGGUCCAAACGACUUGCCGGUUUCAAGAACAACAUUGACCAGGCGGAAGCAUAUAAAGCUUCGCUCCACAACCCAACGUCGUUCGGCUGGGGUUCCAGCUUUCUCAAAGUUCUGAUGUGGAAGUUCAUGGAAUAUAUUCCACUCUUCCCAAGAUACGAGCUCACCAAUGAAGAUCCAGGGGUGUGGAAGAUGCAAACCUGGCCAGCAAACCUGGCCAGCGCUCGGGACAUUCCUAAGACUGCACUCCUGCACGCAUCCCUUCUCCACCGACUGCAUAAUGACACAGCAUAUAAACCCAACAACAAUCACGGAUCCGGAGGCCCAUGCUUGGAUAAAGAAAAGUUCGUUGAAGUUGAAUUCAAUGAGCCUCCCCAGGACAGAAAGGUUGAUCACAAACUCUAUGCGCUGGAUAUCAAGAUAGCGCAAAAUUUCGCGACAGAAGCUGAUAGGAUUGCCCUGGUCAAAGAAAAGGAGAGAAAGGCGCGUCGUGCCCAAAAUGGGCUAGUGACUAAACCUGCCAUGGCUGAUCGCGUCGACAGUCUUCAAGGGAUUUUGCACUGAUUACGAAUCAGGGCAUGGAGUUGAACGGUUCGAUUCCAAUAUUGGCGUUGGUAGGAUGUUGCGAUCUUAUGUAUGAACUUUCCUGUCUACACCCACUUAAUCUAUACUAUGUUUACU